CCGGGGCCGCGGCCAUCGCGCUCCCCGGCUCCGCGGGCCUGCCGUGCUGCGCCUCGCCCCAGAGCCCCGGGGCCACGGCCCGAGAGUCGCGGCUGCCCUCCGCCGGCCGCCGGCCUUCUCAGCCAGCCAUGCUGGAGCAUCUGAGCUCGCUCCCCACGCAGAUGGAUUACAAGGGCCAGAAGCUAGCUGAACAGAUGUUUCAGGGAAUUAUUCUUUUUUCCGCAAUAGUUGGAUUUAUCUACGGGUACGUGGCCGAACAGUUUGGGUGGACUGUCUAUAUAGUUAUGGCCGGAUUUGCUUUUUCGUGUUUGUUGACACUUCCUCCAUGGCCCAUUUAUCGCCGGCAUCCCCUCAAGUGGUUACCUGUCCAAGACUCAGGUUCAGAAGACAAGAAACCGGGAGAAAGAAAAAUUAAGAGGCAUGCUAAAAAUAACUAAUUAGGGUUUCCAUGAUUUAGCUUUACUAUUGCACCUGCUUCCGUUUUGUGUGAGAUGAGCUCAAUUGUUUUCAUAUCCAAAACAUGAGCUUAAACCCAUCGCUGCUCUUUCAGCACAGCUGUGUGUAGAUUUUGUUCUCUUUAUAGUUCACUUCUAACUCAGCUGGUUUUUGAUUUAUAAAUACUUUAGACCAUCUCUUCAUAAUCUUCGUCUGAAAUGAGAACAGAAAACACAAGUAUGCAAAGCUUCUUUCAGGUCUACAAAAAGUGACAAAUGCCUCAUAAAUGAUAGUACAAUUUAACUGUCAAAGUUUUAUAAUUCAUUACGAGUGGUUAAGUUGUUUUAAUGUUUUCAAUUAAAACUCAAUGCAAGUCUA